AUGGUAACAAGUAGUAGUAUGGUAACUAGUAGUAGUGUGGUAACUAGAAGCAGCAUUGUAACAAGUAGUAGUAUGGUAACAAUUAGUAGUAUGGUAACUAGUAAUAGUAUGGUAACUAGUAGUAGUGUGGUAACUAGUAGUAUUGUGGUAACUAGUAGCAGCAUUGUAACAAGUAGUAGUAUGGUAACAAUUAGUAGUAUGGUAACUAGUAAUAGUAUGGUAACUAGUAGUAGUGUGGUAACUAGUAGUAUUGUGGUAACUAGUAGCAGCAUGGUAACAAGUAGUAGUAUGGUAACAAUUAGUAGUAUGGUAACUAGUAAUAGUAUGGUAACUAGUAAUAGUAUGGUAACUAGUAGUAGUGUGGUAACUAGUAGUAGAAUGGUAACUAGUAGCAGCAUUGUAACAAGUAGUAGUAUGGUAACAAUUAGUAGUAUGGUAACUAGUAAUAGUAUGGUAACUAGUAAUAGUAUGGUAACUAGUAGUAGUGUGGUAACUAGUAGUAUUGUGGUAACUAGUAGUAAUAUGGUAACUAGUAGUAGUGUGGUAACUAGUAGUAGAAUGGUAACUAGUAGCAGCAUGGUAACAAGUAGUAGUAUGGUAACUAGUAGUAGUCAUUGUAGUAGUAGUUAUUGUGUUUGCGAACAGCAUAUGCAGUGCGUAGUUGUGAUUUUCCCCAAAUUGUGUGAUAGCAACAAAAUUCGCCUUGAAACUGGACGUUCGUGA